CGCGGCUCCCAGCAUCCCCCGCGCGUCGCGCAGGCGCAGAACGGCCACAGCUCAGGAAGAGGAAAAUAGGAAAACAGCGGAGCGAGAAAAACAAGAGGCAGGGGGGGCGGGGAGGCCUCGGUAUCCCCCACACACGGCCCGAGUACCGGUCACUGCCGACCAGAGUGUAACCCGAACCUCCCCCCACAUGGUGGCGCCCGACGCCGAGACACGAACAGCUGUACCGCGGCCAUGAACAGUGGACUGCCCCCGACCCCCUCCGCGGUGGUAGCGCCCCCCGGGGCCCCUCAGCUGCCUCCUAUGGGGGGGCCCGGGGUGAAGCUGAAGUUCUGCCGGUACUACGCCAAGGAUAAGACGUGCUUCUACGGGGACGAGUGCCAGUUCCUGCAUGAAGAGCCGCUGGGCAUCCAUGGCAACAGCCUGGCCGGGUAUCCGCAGCCCGUGCUGCCCGUCACCCCGGGGGGCAAGAAGGUGGAGCUGGGGCUGGACGGACCGAGGAUCACCCUCCCUGUAAUAGAUGGCGGUCCUUUACCGGACUCCAGUCUUACAGAUUCUUACUUCAGCACCAGCUUUAUUGGAAUGAAUGGCUUUGGGAGCCCUGCAGAGGCGAACUACCCACGGAUGCAGCGAAUAACAAACAGCAGCAGUUCCCCAAGCCUUCUGAAUGACAGUGCCAAGCCAUAUGCAGGCCAUGACCCUUUAGGUUCUCCAGCUUCCGCUCUCUUUAAUGAUUUUGCUGGUCUCAGCAUUUCUCAGAGACGAAAGACUCCAAACCCUACUGCCAGUGAGUUUAUACCCAAAGGAGGCUCCACAUCCAGGUUGAGUAACAUGUCCCAGUCCAACAUGUCUGCCUUCUCCCAAGCAUUGUUCUCCCACCCAUCUAUGGCAGGUCCUGCUGCAGCCGGUCUCGCUCCAGGCAUGUCGCUGUCUGCUGGAUCUUCCCCGCUUCAUUCUCCUAAAAUUACACCCCACACAUCUCCGGCUCCAAGGCGACGAAGCCACACGCCCAACCCAGCCACUUACAUGGUGCCCACCAGUGCCUCAACACCAGUGACAAACUCUGUUUCCCAGCCCCCAUCUGCAGGACAGAUUAUCCAGAAAGAAACUGUUGGUGGAACAACUUAUUUCUACACGGAUACCACUCCUGUGCCACCACUCACCGGAAUGGUAUUUCCAAAUUAUCACAUCUACCCACCAACUGCUCCUCAUGUUGCUUACAUGCAACCCAAAGCAAAUGCACCUUCCUUUUUCAUGGCGGAUGAGCUCAGACAGGAACUCAUCAACCGACAUUUAAUCACAAUGGCUCAGAUUGCCCAGGAAGAUAUGCCUGCCGUACCUGCAGAAGUUGAUAGCUACCACAGCCUUUUCCCUCUGGAACCGCUUCCUCCUCCCAACAGAAUACAUAAAUCAAGCAACUUUGGAUAUAUCACAUCGUGCUACAAAGCUGUAAAUAGCAAGGACGAUCUGACGUACUGUCUGAGGAGAGUUCAUGGAUUUCGUCUGGUGAAUACAAAGUGUAUGUCUUUGGUUGACACGUGGAAAAAAGUCCAGCACUCAAAUAUUGUUUCCUUACGAGAAAUGUUUACAACCAAAGCAUUUGGAGAGCAUUCCUUGGUUUUUGCCUAUGACUUCCAUGCUGGAGCAGAGACCAUGAUGAGCAGGCAUUUUAAUGAUCCCAGUGCAGAUGGUUACUUUACUAAAAGAAAAUGGGGUCAGCAUGAUGGUCCUUUACCUCGUCAACACGCUGGGUUGUUACCAGAGUCCCUCAUCUGGGCUUAUAUUGUGCAGCUGAGCUCAGCACUGCGAACCAUCCACACAGCAGGCCUAGCGUGUCGUGUAAUGGAUCCAACAAAGAUUCUGAUCACUGGGAAGACAAGGCUGCAUGUCAACUGUGUUGGAAUUUUUGAUGUUUUAACCUACGAUAGUAGUCAAAGUAAUCCUGUAGCCCUAAUGCCCCAAUACCAGCAAGCAGACCUGAUCUCAUUAGGAAAAGUUGUACUGGCGUUGUCUUGCAAUUCUUUGGCUGGAAUCCAACGGGAAAAUCUGCAAAAAGCAAUGGAACUUGUGAAUAUCAACUACUCCUCUGACCUGAAGAAUCUUAUCUUAUAUUUGCUGACAGACCAAAACCGGCUGCGUAGUGUCAAUGACAUCAUGCCAAUGAUUGGUGCUAGAUUUUAUACUCAACUAGAUGCAGCACAGAUGCGGAAUGACGUCAUCGAGGAGGACCUCGCAAAGGAGGUACAAAACGGACGAUUGUUCAGACUCUUGGCCAAACUUGGAACAAUAAAUGAGAGACCAGAAUUUCAAAAAGACCCAGCCUGGUCAGAAACAGGCGACCGAUAUUUGUUGAAACUUUUUCGGGAUCAUUUAUUCCAUCAGGUGACAGAAGCGGGCACUCCAUGGAUUGACCUUAGUCAUAUUGUAUCUUGUCUUAACAAGUUAGAUGCUGGCGUGCCUGAGAAGAUUAGUCUCAUAUCCAGGGAUGAAAAGAGUGCACUUGUGGUAACGUACAGUGAUCUAAAACGCUGCUUUGAGAACACGUUUCAAGAACUGGUUGCGGCGGCGAACGGUCAGUUGUAGUAUUUGCUGAAAGCAUGCAGGACAUUGCUGAGGAACUAAACAGAUUGCAAAUUGCACUACAGCUGAGUUGUCAUUGUCAUCUCAUUUCACUAUUGGGAAUCAAAACAGGAGAUGAACAAAGCUGCUUGCACUUCAGUCAGGUACACUGGUACUUGAAGGGAAAACAAAACGUGUCGUUUCAGUUAACCGAGAGCUCGGAGGCUUUAUCUGUGAAGGUUUUUUAUUUCUAUAUCUAGGAGCACCAUCGAAUGGGUGAUGUUCUUAUUUUUCCCCCUCCUCUUGUAUGCACUACUUUUUGUCUUUGAAGACUUUCUGACGUUUAAGGGAAUUAUAUUUUUUCCAAGAACUAUUUUCUUUAUUCAGGGCCACAGUGUUCUCUUCACCAAUGCCGAAAAUUGUGACUAUAUUGUGUCCUGGUAGUGGAUCAGUUUAUUUUUUAUUUUUUUUUUUCUUCCCUGUUUUAAACCUUCAUAGAAUCUCGUAGUAUGCAAGCUCUCUGUCAUACUGGUUUGUGAAGGUGCAUAAAGAACAUUUCAAAGAAACAUCCAUGUACCCAUCAGGAGUGUUUGUCUCGGUCACAGCGCACGAUUACAACACUUUAUGGAGCUCCAGUUUAUUUUUGUAACCUGUUAAAAAAACAAACAAACAAAAAAAAAACAACCAGCCGCCUGUUGUAUAGACAAUUUUCUGCUUAUGCAAAAUGUUUCCUAUAUAUUAUUUUUUCUUCUUCUUGGUAAUGGCCACAAUUUUCAGGAAUAACUACCAAACCUUUUGAUUGUCGUCAUGUCGAAAAACGCCAUCUUCACUAGGGUAUGUUACACUGGAUAUGGAGACACUGUUAAUGCGAACUGAAUGAGUAACUGGGGCCAGGAUUCUCUUUGGCGCUUCUUGAGAAACUAUAGUUAAAAGUAUUGUUUUAAAUGACUCCAUAUUUUUUUCUCUCUCUCCUUUUUUGGGGGGUUUUCUAGCCUAAAAGCGGAGGCACCAAUUUCUUACAGUAAAAUUAGUCAUGUAAAAAAAAAGGAAAAAAAAAAAGCAACCUAUGUUAGACUGCCAAAUAUAUAGAAUAAUGGACUGCACCACCUCUUGGCACUUAUUACGGAUAUAUUUUAAUGACCUGAUAUGCUUUGCCCUGAAAUGUAAAAGGGAGAACGAGGAGUUCCAAAAAAGAACUGUCUGAAGGACUCUUGUGAAGCUUCGGUAUACAUGUUGACUUCAGUUUUAAUGAUUCUCACUAUGUAUAUUAUUUAGAGAAGUCUUUACGGCUUCUCUGCUGUCCAUUUUAAGCUUUAAAACCCUUACAGGAUCUUGCAUUUGGAUUUCUUUAGUCCAGUUAUCCGUUUGCAUUCAAGGUAUGUGUCACCUACUUAAAAUAUCCAUGCCUUCAUACACGUCCGAUACUAUACACAUACAUCUAUACAUAAGCAAUUAUACAUAUCAUACGUACACAAGCACAGUUUCAUACAUACACACAUGCUUACAUACACACCUGAUACACAUUUUUUUUUUUCCUUUCACAAAUUCUAAUGCCACCAUGAGAAAACUGACAACUUGCCACAGUUCAGUACAUUUUGUAAGGAUAUUUAGUCUGUUGCCAUGAAGAGGGGAAUUUAAGAAAGAACUGUCUUUUAUCAUUGGCUUAUGUAUAUGAGAAAAGAAGCAGCUGUCUUUUUUUAUGUUUUUGACAAAUCAUAUUGCAAUUUUUUGUACAAAACAAAAGUACUUGUAUUCUAGAAGAAAAAUGCUUAAUUUAUAAGCGGAUCUAAUUAUUAUUUUUUAUUUUUUUUCCUCUUUUUUUUUUUUUUCCCUUCUCCUUUUGUUUUGGUCAUGCGUGUAUAGGCAUACAGGGUUUGUACCCGGCCUUCUUCCCCAAGAUAAUUUCCAUACUUAAAGUUGUGGAAAUAAUACAUGCUUCUAGUAUUACACAGGAUGAAGGGGAUCGUGUCUAUACUCUUUUUGGGGACCAAUGUGUGGGGUUUAAGAGGGAAAUGAGGGCUUUCAACCUUUUUAAAUGACCAGCAAACCAUUUGCAAUAUUGUGCUGUUUGGGGGGGAGAGGCCGACAGGGCGCAACAUCUUUUAGGAUUUAUUUUACAAUCUUUUUUUUUUUUUUUUUUCUCUUUUACAAUUGGGUCAUUCAAUCUCAGGAUUUACUUUAAAAAAAUAAAUAAAUAAAGGGAAAAAAAAUUAGAAACCGACUAAAUAAAACAUUUUUGGGGCAUGCACUUAUAUUUAAGUUACUAAGGUAUUUCCAAGCAUUAGUCUUUAGUCUUGUACAGGUAUUGUAUGGGCUAAUGUGUUGUAAAUUAUAAUUUUUUUUUCUUCUUAGUUAAAAUCCAAAACUAAAUAAAAGUGGCCGGCAUGCACCCCCCACAAAUACUAUAGAAGGAUACAAGGUCAUCAUUCUCUCUCUGCGGAAAUAAAAGCACAGAAAACUAAUCACACAAGUUUUCUUCUACUUUUUUUUUUGUACAUGUAACAUUUUUUUUUUUUUAUGUUCUGACUUGUACAUAAGACUUAAUGGUACAUAUUUUUAUUUUCCCUGAAGUGAAUCCUGUAUUGUCAAAGACUUCAGCAGUUCCAGUGUCAUGAUCCCCCAAAUGCUUCACAUCUUUUAUUAUUUUUUUGUUUGUUUUAUGUUUUGUUCAUUUUUUGUUUUCACAUGUACAGCAGUAUUUUUUAAUAAAGGAUACAAGAAAUAAGA